AUGGCGAGCGCAAGCACGAUUUUCAUUGCCGUGAUUGGCGCUGGUGGAGUGGGAAAGUGCUUCUUGACCCAGCUCCGAGAUCUCGCAGUCCGCCGACCCUCCCCCAAGUUGAGUCUCUGUUACAUUUCCACUAGUCGCAGAGCUCUCUACAAUGACGAUUACUCGGCUAUCAACUUGGACAAUGCCAUCGACGUUCUGGCCGCUUCCUCCAAGGCUCCCCCUACUCUGACCGACCUAGUUGCCUAUCUAAGCAAGGCACCCGGCAAAGCCAUAAUUGUCGACAACACAAGUUCCCAAGAGGUUGCUGAAACAUACCCCACGGCUCUGAAGCUUGGAGUUAGCAUUGUAACCCCAAACAAGAAGGCCUUCUCUGGAUCAUAUCAGUUGUGGCAGGAUAUUUUCCAGGCUUCCGCCGCUUCUGGAGCCAAGGUCUACCACGAGUCGUCCGUUGGCGCUGGCUUGCCCGUGAUUUCGACUUUGAAAGACCUUGUGGAGACUGGCGACGAAGUUACAAAGAUUGAAGGUGUCUUCAGUGGUACCAUGUCAUUCCUGUUCAACUCCUUUGCUCCUGUCAUUGGUAGUGGUGGUAAGUGGUCAGAGGAAGUUAAGAAAGCCAAGGCUCUUGGUUAUACGGAACCUGAUCCUCGUGACGAUCUUAACGGCUUGGAUGUUGCCCGCAAGUUGACCAUUUUGGCUCGUCUGGCCGGCUUGCCCGUUGAGUCACCAACCUCCUUCCCGGUGGAGAGCUUGAUUCCCAAGGAGUUGGAGUCUUGCUCCAGCGGCGACGAGUUCAUGGAGAAGCUUCCGUCUUUUGAUCAGCAGAUGGAAGAGAAGAAGGCAUCCGCUGGGGACAAGGUUAUUCGAUUCGUUGGCAGCAUCGACGUCGGUGCCAAGGAUGUCAAGGUUGGCCUCCAGACCUUUGACCCAUCCCACCCUAUUGCUGCCCUGAAGGGUAGUGACAACAUCAUCAGCUUCUACACAAAGCGGUACGGAAACAACCCUCUCAUUGUUCAAGGCGCUGGCGCUGGCGGAGAUGUUACCGCAAUGGGCGUAACCGCAGACUUAAUCAAGGUUAUUGGCCAGCUGGCCUAA